AUGACUGAGCUGGACGAGGCAUCACCAAGUGGUGCCCGAGCCACACGACCUCCUGUCCACCAUGCUGACAUCUGCCAGUGUCACCCCAUCAACAGUCCAGCCGACGCCUGUCGGUGUCUCUAUGCUCCCUAUGCCGGUGUCUCUACUGCCCCGCAUCCCAACCUCCUAGUCAGAGGGCCGGUCAAGUCCAAUUCCUGCCAGUGGUUCUCCAUCAGCUUCCAGGCCAACAGCUGCAAGUGGUUACCCAUCGGCCUCAAGACUGACAGCUGCCAGUGGUCCUCCGUUGGCUCCCAGGUCUCAGCCUUCGGCCUUGUCGCCGGCCUACAGAGGGCUUCAGACUUUGCUCCCAUUGCUAGCUUCCAGAGGAUCCCAGCCCAUGCUUUCACUGUCAGCCUCCAGAGGACUUCCACCACUGCCGUGGGCUUACAAUGGGUCCUAGCCUACGCCCUCGCAGCCGACCUCCUGAGGGUUUCCACCGUCACCAGCAGCCUCCACAGGGUUUCCGCCGUCGCCUACAGCCCACAGAGGAGGGUUAAACACAAAUAUUCACCAUGGAACACAUUGUCUAAUAAGCCAAACAGGCUGUGGGUUCAACAAUAUUAUUGGCACUGUGGGCUUGAGGGGAACCUCCACCAUCACCCAAUUAUCCCAUGUUUGCAGAUUGUCCCAGAAUGGAUGGCAGCCGAAUGCUUUGAUGUCUGGAACACCUUCCCAGGAGAGAGCAUGUAUGUUUUUCUUGGAGCACUGGAAUUGGAAUUGGAAGUCGGAAAUACAGAGUUGGAAAUUAUAACUUACUUGCAACUGAACACACCAAUCAUCCUGACCAACAAGCCUUCCGCAGAGUCGUCUGAUGAAUCAUCAAUGCUUCUACACCUGACUGCCUCUGCUAAGAGGAGAGAUGAAAGUUGGCAACAUAUAUUCAGUGUCCGGAACAUCAAGGUGUAACCCACUGCUGCCAUCUGUUGACCGUGUCUUCCCAAAAAUGAUCACCAUGGUGGGGGGGCAAACUGAGCCACUUCUCCCAAUGAAGAGGAACUGCCUCCAUGAAGGUUAUUAAGGUACAAGUCACCAGGCCCACCCAGCUAGUUGUCAUGUUCCCUCUUCUCCCAGACAGGGCUUUAGAUUCAAAUCCAGAUUUUUUCAGUCUGAUGGGCCACACAAAGAAAACCUGCCCUUGCUGAGGCCCUUGCUGCCAUCCUAAGUCCUGGCUCAGUUAAGCAAGCGAGAAGAUGCUAUGACCACUAGCACAGGUUUUGGAUAUGCUGGAAUGUUUUAACAAAAUGUGAUUGUCCAGCUAUGACAUGUACAUUUCCAGAGUACAUACAUGUCUUUGAUUGGAGGGCGGAUCAACAGAGUACUGUAGAGGGCUCUGCCUGCUUAUAGAGAAACAGUAACCAUAUCAUGUUGCUCUGCUGUGCUAAUCUAGUUGUUCUACUCAAUGAAUACAAUUAUGUGUUUUGUGGGUGGGUGUACAGUUGGAUGCAUGUGUUUAUCCUCAGAUAUAGAUGACAUGUCCAGUCAUGUAAAUAAUCAAGAGUUACGCUGAUCCCAGCAAUAUGAACUAAGAUGAACUGCAUGUGUACUUUGCAUUGUACAAGUAUGAUGCCCACCCUUAAAUGUAUGUUGAUAUUCACAA